CUUGAUUUUGUUUUCCUUAUAUUUGCAGAACGUUUUUUUUAAUUGCUUGAAUAGCUUUCUGCCAAUAUUCAUGAAGAAAAUUCUUCCUUUCAUUUUCCUUAUUCAAAAACACUAUGGAUUACUUAAAACUUCACAUUCAUUCUGUUGUCGAAUUUUGGCAAAUUAUUAAUUGUCCAAUUCUAUGCUUCAUUGUAAUAACAGUCGUCCACCUUAAGGUUACAAAUACGUGAUUGGUCGAAAAGUAUCAACCAAUUGUGAUUUAAACUCUAAUCACCUGUGCAAUUAUGUACUUAUAAAUACAUCAGAUCCGUCUACUUCGCUAUAAUAACACGAUGACAAAAACAAUGCCAACUGCUCUUGCUUAACACCGUUUUCAUUACUUAUCUAUAAAAUAAGCUUGGAAAUAUGGAGGCUUACAAAUUCGUCUUGGAUAAACAGAACUAAGCAAUAAUUUUAAUAUCUAUUGGUUUUAAUUGCGUCUUUAUGAUAUUGAACAUAAAAUUCUGUCAAACAAACAAAUACUUCUCAGAACGUUUAAUAGCAAACAGUUCAGAUAUUCAUAAUGAAUUCAUCAGCAAUUAUGCGUUGGACACAAAGGAUUCAAAUUAUAAUUCUCUUCUCAUUCGUCAAUGUCCCAUGAAAUGCUUUAUAGAACAUGAUUCUCAGGAUAUGGUCAAUUGUACUUCAGACGAAGAAGAUAAGAAAUCAUCAAAAUUAAAGAUAAUAUCUUGCAAACGAAAUACAGAAACUGGCGAACUUGUUCUAGGUCAUAAAGAAUCUGUUCGAGGAAUUUUACCCGGUGCAUUGAGUCAUUUAUUGCAAACAUCAUCACCGACAACGAGCAAAUUGCUAUCACGCAGUGGUCAUUUAGAAUUUCAUUUAAAUUUAAAUAUGGUUCGAUUAGAUGCAAGAUGCUUUCAAGGUUUGGGUGGAUUGAUUACUGAUUUACGUUUGUUGAAUACAGUAUAUAUGCAUCCAGAUAGCUUAAUCGACUUACAGCAUUUACGAUCAUUUGAAAUGGAGAGCGGUCAAACGCCGUUAUAUUUAUCAGAUGAUUAUGUGGAGGAUGGAAAAUACUUUCAAUCGGAUGUAGAAGAACCAACAGGACAAAUUAAUAAACCCGCGUUUGUUCGUCUAAACCCGCUAGACAAUACAGUACCAAUUACUUUUAAUUUAAACACAAAAUGUCAUAAAUGUGCACUAGUUGAUGACAAUGAUGUGAGUAACAGUAAUGAUAUGAACGAUAGAACGCCAACAAGACCUGAUAAUUUAAUUAUUAUAGUAUUUACAAACAAACGUGAUCUGCCAACAUCACAAUACAAUUCACUUAAGUUAAGUAUGAUAUUUCCAUAUACUUGUCCACUAAUCAAAGAUGGAAUCGGUUGUUUAAGACAAUCUGAUCUAACUGAAACUGAUCAAGACAACUCAACUGAAAUGAAUUCAGUUUCAAAUAAGCAAUCGUUACCAGAAUUACGAUCGGAAUCCUCGUUAUUAAAUAUUUCCGUUAUUGAACAAUUAAAAACAAUGACAUUUAUACAAACGGAAAGCAAACAUACACUGUCCCUUUCAAUUAUAUUAAUAAUAUGGUGCACAAUCAUCACAAUUAGUUUUAUCGUAGUUAUAUUAAUUGUACUAUAUUGUGUAAAACAACGUUUUAUUAAAAUUCCAUUAUCAACAAAGGUUACACAGAUAACACCAUUUAGCUUGUUCCAUGUUUGUGGUCAACAGAAUCCACCGGUUGACGAUGAUGAAGUUAAUGGUAAUGACGACGAUAAUGAUGACGGUGAUAUGGAAGAAAUCAGUUCUAAUUCAGUUUCUAGUGGAUUUUUUGCGCAACAGCCUAAAACAUAUGUAACCAGUGAAAAAAAGGAAUUACUCCCAUACACGAGUGACAAUAUGACAAAUCUUAUUAUCAGUAGUAAAAAUACUCGAAAUGGUAUGAAUGAUACACGCAGUUCGUGGAGCAGUUUACAAAUAACAAACAAUCCUUCUAUAAAUGGCAGGACUAUACAAUGCCGUUGCAGUGUUAUAAGUCUUAAAGAUUCAAAACCGACCGAUUCAAACACGUAUGGUGCCUUAUGUAACAUCCUUCAGUCAAAUAAACAUAACAAUCAACAAUAUUCUGAUAGACGAAAUAAUCAUUAUCCUUACAAAAAAUCAUACUUAUCUAAGAGACGUAGUAUUGGCAGUCAGACAGACUUUACUGAUAUUGAAUCAGAUAAUCCAGAGGCAUAUUGUACUUUAGAUAGAUAUAUUAUGCAGAAGCAUAAGAGAUAUCCAUAUACUACUAAUAAUAAUAUUAAUGAUCACAUGUUAUCAAAACGCACAGCCAGUAAUCACGCUUUGCCUUAUUUUCGAAGCAAUCAUUUAAACCAAAUGGAUGGAAUAGUCAUCACCAAAUCAAGUAUUUAUUCAAAUAAUUUAUUUAGCCAUAGUAAUAUCACUAUGGAUAAUAAUACUAGUACAAAUAAUGACAAUACUGAUAAUAAUAUGAAUAGGAUUUUUCAAAAUUAUAACGAUACCUCAGUUGCUAAACGGCCAAUUAACAAUGGUACAGAUGUAUUCAUUUUAAUGAUUGAUAACAAACCUAAAUCUGUACGUAAUCUACCUCAUACAAAUCCUAUUCGUCAACUUUUAAAUCCAGUAAAUAAACAAGAUCAACACAUGAAAGGUGACUGGAAACAUAGUGAAGUUCCCAAUGGUUCAGUGAUCUAGUCGGGAGGUUAAUCAUCGGUGUUUAACAUAGGAACUGCUUUUAUUUUCUCUUCCAAGAAUAAAUGUUCUACUACUGUUCGUACAUAUGCCCAUUAUUCUUCUUAUAAAUGAAUCAGGUGACAUUUGUAGCAAUAUACAAUUCCAUGUUAUAUGAUAUAUGUAUUUAUCUAUUUGUUUAUAUUAUCAACAAAUUUGUAUGUCAGUUAUGCAUGUAAACUUUUAAGGAAUGGAUCCUCGAAACUUGUAAUCUAGAUAGUGUUAAAUACAUAUUUUGCCUUAAGAUGAAAAGUACAAUCUAUAAAUAAAUAAAUAAAGAUGAACAAUUUUAAUUUAUUAUUUAGUUGGUUGUUUUAUAUUAGCUCUCGUGACAGAUCGACUACACAGGCUUUUAAGACCACUACUUUUAAACCAAACAGAAGUAAUCAGCACAUACUGUUGGUGACUUAUUGGAAGAAACAAGAUAUGUAUCCUUUUUUCCUAUUCGUAUAGUAAGCUCUUUCAAUAUAUCUGCAGAAAUCAGUGAACAGCAUUAAGUUCAAUCGAAUUGUAAAGGGAUCUAUAGCGUUAUCGCAAAUUAAUUACUUUAAAAACUGUCGAAAUAAUCCUUUUGAAUUACUUUUAUCUAGAAAUUUAUUUAAUCAUUUCGAAUUUUGAAUGGAAUAGAUCCUUAUUUUAUGGCGAUAAUCCUAAGAUAGUGUAUUUGUUUUAUACUUAACACCUUGCUCAUAUACAAAAUAGUGUCAGUGUGAAGAUCGACAAGUUAUUCUUAUGCUGCUCGUCGUGGAAACUAGAACUUACCGUUGCUAUAUUUAGAUUGAUUUGCUUUGCUGGUCAUUACCUUGGUUUGAUUUUACCUCGUAUAUGAAGCAGAUAUACAGGUUUCAUUCAGUGGUAGACUCAGUACUCUGAUAUUCCUGCAAUUUGUCUUUCUCGCAGCAGGAUACAACACGGAUAUCUAAGUCACCCCGACUUCAGGGUUACAUACUAGGUGGCUUCUGGAACAAUAACCCGCCUACUUUGUUGUAAAAGUGUAUAUUCGACCACUUAGAAUGAUGCACAUAUUUGACCAAAGACUUAUCGCAGUAAUUUUUUUCGUUGUUCCGUGCUCUUGGUUUUCGUUUUCUUUUUUAGUUGUAGAUGAACGUAAUUAUACUGUGCUGAGACUGGAAUAACACUUCUCAUACGAGAUUUCUCAGUCCUCUUAUGAAGAAAAUACUGAUCUGUGUCCCGUCCAACACUUAUCAUUCCAAAAGACUCAUGCUAUUGUAGCUAUCCCACUUUCUUGGAGUACAUAUGUUUUUCUUACAUUGGUCAUCAAAGUAAUUCUUUGCUUUCGAAAUUGAUAUCCGUUAUUCUGUAUACUGAGACGUUAUUCAAACUGUACUCUUAUAUGUUAUCACCUCUGAUUACGCUAUAUUCACACAAUUACCACCUUUUUGACAAAUGUUCAAUUAAUGUAUGAAUCACAUGUUUUCGAACAAUGUUCCCUUACUUUUUAAAUGUUGCAUAGUCUGUAUACUGGUAUGGAUUCUGUAAUUGUUUUCAGAAUAUACAUAAAAAAUAAUUAUCAUUUGUAAAAUGUUAUUUGAAAUUAUCUUUGGUCCUGGGCAUUAGCUGGAUUCCGUCUGAAGAAUUCACGUACGUUGAUAAAUAUUUAUUGUUACCCUAGUAUUUUUUAAAUAUACGUCUGUCAAAUUUUGUUUUCCGGAUUAUUCAUUUCUUUCUACAAAAUGUCUGACAUUUAUUCUUCGGAAUGGUCAUAAAUGCACCCACAGAGGACAACUCACUGACUCGUUUGAAGUAAAGAGCGGUGUUAGGCAAGGUUGCUUACU